UCGAAAAAACCGAGUCUUGCUUGCUGCUUGCCCUAAUCGCUUUUCUUUCAACUGUGAAGUUUCUAUUGGAACAAUAAUGUUUAAUUUUUUUUGCUGUAAAUUUAGUUCAACUCAACUGAGUUCAGUUACGUAGUUCGUUAAUUCAGAUUUUGGAUGAUAGUGACGAACUUGGAAACUGAAAUGCCGGGUGGUCGGCAUUUUUCUCGAGUAGAUACUUUAGAGCUGAAAUCUCAGAUUGAAAGGAAGAUUGGGCGUCUAAAAGCGGAGAAGUACUUCAAUCUGCUCACUGGAUUUUUAAGCCUUAAGAUUAGCAAACCUGAGUUUGAUAGACUCUGCAUUGGUGCAAUAGGGAGAGAAAAUGUUCGUCUUCACAAUCAUCUCCUCAGAUCAAUUAUUAGAAAUGCUUCACUUUCAAAGACUCCUCCGUCAAGAGAGAACAAAUUGGAAGGUUCUUUAAGUGUUAAAUUGGCAAAUGGGUAUCAAAGAAGUAAUCUUCAGUCACUGUGCAAAGACAUUCCUCAAUCCCCUCGUAAAGGCAGGACCCCAAAUCUUCGUGAUCACAAGUUCAGGGACCGUCUAAGUCCUUUAGGGCCUCAUGCGAAGAGCCAUGGUACAGCUUGUGAAGAUGCACUUCCUAAAGUUCAAGAACAGCAGAGUACUACUGAGUUGCUUUCAUUGGGUAGCAGGCCGCCUGGCUCUGUGGAGGAUGGAGAAGAGGUUGAUCAAGCUGCAGGAAGUCCAAGCAUUCACAGUAGGAGUCCUGUUAGAGCUCCACUCGGCAUCUCUUUGAAUGCUAAAGGAAUGCAAAAAGUACCAUGGAAUGGAUUGGCAUCUGCUUCUGAGACUUGUCAGUGUAGAGGUGAACUUCCUGAUAGCAGUUCUUUGAGGAAGAGGUUGGAACAGAAGUUGGAGAAUGAGGGAUUAAACAUCUCAGUAGAUUGUAUCAAUUUGUUGAACGAUAGUCUCGAUGUUUUCAUGAAGAGAUUGAUAAAACCCUGUUUGGAACUGGCUGGUUCAAAGAAUGGACAAAAUCUUAUUGACCAAUGUCAUAAUUGGUCCAUGGCCUCUUUGAAUGGGAUGCAGCCUGUGAGAUAUACCCAAAAACAAAGUGGGUCCAUUUCUGCAUCAAUGUUAGACUUCCGGGUUGCGAUGGAGCUAAAUCCCCUGAUUCUUGGAGUAGACUGGCCAACACAACUCGAGAAGGUAUGCCUGCUUGCUUCAGAAGAUUGAACCGUAACAGAUUGGCCCGAUUAUUUGGGUUGGAGCAGGUUCCAGCCAGAGCAAUUUUGAGAUAUUUCAAUUAUAAAGUCCACUCUAACAUUGAUCUUGAUCAUACCAUUUUUAUAGAACAGAUGAAGUAAAUAAGUAUAAAGGCUACAUGAGUUUUGGAUCAAGCUGAUUAGAUUGUAUAUAGGUCAUGGCUUGGAUUUAUCAUGGACGUGUGUGACAUCUUGACAUGGUGAAGUCCAACCAUAUUGACACUUUGUGAGAAUCUACCUUUUACAAAUAGGUUAAGCAACUAUCCCCUUAAUAUCUAUUGUUUUUUGUUGCUUUAGUAAACACUUAUUUUUAAAUAAUAUAGUGCAUCUUUGAGUUUCCAAGCCUGCUAUUGUUGAAUUUGUCAUGUGAGCUUUAAUCAUCUAUUUUUUUUUUCCCUCUGAUAUAGCCUAUCAUUUUCUUAUAUUAAUUUAUCCUUCUGUUUGUCUGUUUACUCCUUGCCACCAUAAACUCAUUUACUGUAGUGGCUUUUGGAUGCUAGUUGGCAACAAAUUUAUUUCAUUCCUUCUAUAUCGAAAUCAGAGCAUUAGAAUGCAAAAAUUAUUCUUUUGAAGGGCGCUGUAGGAUUUACAUGAGAUUGGAUGCUUUUCACUCAUCUUAUUUCCUUCUCCUUACCCUUUUAUCUGCAACUGUUUUGAAUCAUAUGAU